GAGAAGAGCCCGAGCGGCUGCGGGAGAGGGGUGGGGGCGCGGGGGGGGCCGCGCUUCACUCCGCGCUCCGUUUCUCUCCUUCGCAGCGGCGGAGCGGCGCGGGGACAUCGGGCAGCGGAGACGGGCGGAGCGCAGAAGGGGCUCCGCGGGGACGCGCGAUGCUGCUCCGCUCCGCGGGACCGCGACGAACGCGCCGAGGCCGCUCCGCACGUAGGGCCGCCGGGCUCCUUUUUUAAUCUUAUUUUCCACUCUUUUUUUUUCCCUUUUUUUAAGUAUCUUUUUUAAUUAUUACUAUUUUAUAUUUUUUUAACCUCUCUCUUCCCCCCCUCCUCUUCCCCUCACUCUUCCCCUCCCGCCCCGUCCCUUUGCCUCGCCCUUCUCCAUUUUUUCCGCCCCUCUCCCCUUCCCAGCGCGGCGCGUUGAUGGGAGCUGCGGCCCCCGGCAGCUCCAGGACUCCCCUCGGCUCUGUGCUCUCUCCGCACCCGCGCAGGGCCGCCCCCCCCAGCGCGAUGCACCGCGGAGCCGAGCUCUGAAACCGCGCCGAUUUUUCCCAUUUUCCCUUUUUAUCCUUUUUCUCUCCUUCUUUUUCUGAAGGAGAGCGGCACCCUCGGGUUUUUCUCUUCCCCCCCCACACUUUUUUUUCUGUUCACCUCGCGCAGCCCGGGCAAACCUUGCGCUGCUCACUCCUCUCUCCCCCGACCCAAGCAAAGCGCUGUGAAAUUGCGCCUCUUUCUACCAUUUCCCUCCCCCCCCCUCUUUUUUCUUUUUCCUCUCCUUCUUUUAGUAGAGGAGAGAGGCACCCCCGAACUCUCCCCUUACGUCCCCACUUUUUUUCCACUUCACCUCGCAGCGCGGUCGCCCCUUGCGCUGCCCACCUCCAAGCAAAGCGCUGUAAAACUGCGCUGAUUUCUGUCACUUUUUAUUUUUUUCCCAUUUUUAUCGUUUCGUAUUUUUAAAAGCGAGCAGCGCCCUCCCGCCGAACGCUUCCCCCCCCGCUUUUUUUUCUUUUCACCUCGCGCAGCGCGAGUAUUCCUCACGCUGCGCACCCCCCCCCCCCUCGCCAUCAAAGCGCGGAGCCUGGCGCAUGCACCAGCCCGGCCGGGCCCCCCCCCCGCUCGCCGCUGCCCCCCGCCUCGCCCCGGCUGCCGGCCCCUUCAUGCUCGGCGCACGCCAUGCCCGUGCCGUAGCCGGGGGCCCCUCCUCACGUCCCGCAUGUUCAGGACCAAACGCUCGCUCCUCGUCCGACGGCUCUGGCGGAGCCGCGCACCCGGCGGCGGAGAGGAGGAGACGGGCGACGGCGGUGCGCCGGCCGAGCCUCGGCCGCACUCAUGCGGCGGGGGGGGCCGGGGGUGCUGCCCGGCCAAACCCCCCCGCGGGGGCGGCCGGGGGGCGGCGGAGGGCGAGCUGAAGGCGCUGACCCACGCCGUGCUGAAGCGCUGCAAAGAGCGGCAGCUGGAGGGGCUGCUGCGCGCCGUCGAGUCCCGCGGGGCGGCCCGCACCCCCUGCGUGCUGCUGCCGGCGCGCGGAGAGGCGCGGUUGGGCGCGCAGCGGGACGCGCUGCCCGCGCUGCUGUGCCGGGUGUUCCGCUGGCCCGAGCUGCGGCACGGCGCGCCCCUCAAGCGGCUCCGCGGCUGCUGCCAGGCCGACGGCGCGGCGCCCACAGAGCUCGUCUGCUGCAACCCGCACCACCUCAGCCGUCUCUGCGAGCUCGAGUCUCCUCCUCCGCCCUACUCCAGAUAUCCCAUGGAUUUCCUCAAGCCGACGGCAGGUUGUCCAGACUCUGUGCCUUCCUCCACUGAAACAGGGGGAACUAAUUGUCUAGCCCCUGGGGGGCUCUCAGAUUCCCAAGUUCUCCAGGAGUCAGGGGAUCACUCACACUGGUGCGUGGUGGCAUACUGGGAAGAGAAGACACGCGUGGGUCGGCUGUACUCUGUCCAAGAGCCCUCCCUGGAUAUCUUCUAUGAUCUACCUCAGGGGAACGGCUUCUGCCUUGGGCAGCUCAACUCGGACAACAGAAGCCAGCUGGUGCAGAAGGUGCGCAGCAAGAUUGGGUACGGCAUCCAGCUCACCAAGGAGGUGGACGGCGUGUGGGUCUACAACCGCAGCAGCUACCCCAUCUUCAUCAAGUCGGCCACACUGGACAACCCCGACUCCAGGACGUUGCUGGUGCACAAAGUGUUCCCGGGUUUUUCCAUCAAGGCUUUCGAUUACGAGAAGGCGUACAGCCUGCAGAGGCCGAAUGACCACGAGUUCAUGCAGCAGCCAUGGACUGGAUUUACCGUGCAGAUCAGCUUUGUGAAGGGCUGGGGCCAGUGCUACACCAGGCAGUUCAUCAGCAGCUGCCCGUGCUGGUUAGAGGUUAUUUUUAAUAACCGAUGACACGAGACGGAGCAGACUCAUGACAUUUAUACUACUUUGCUGCUAUUACUUCCUUCUGAGUGCUUGCUUUUCAUGCAACCUUUUUGUUUUUGUUUCGUUUCAUUUGUUGUUUUUUUUUUUUUUUUCCCACUUUGAGAAGUAGCUUAUGGAAAGAUUUUCGUCCAGGUAUUUUGAUAAAUAGAUCUAUUUUUUAAAAGUGAGAACGACCAAUAACUCAAGAGGAGGGCGUGCGGGGCAGGGGCGGAUCACAUUUGAUAAUGAUUUCCCACUUUCCAAAGGAUUAUCCUAUGUGAUGGAUGGGUUGGCAGCCAAUUGAUCUUGGGUAGCGUGAGGGGAUCCUUGUAUUUUUCACGCCUCCCAGUCCCAAUGGUGGUGACAGCCAACCGAUACGCCUCCCCGGCAGUGCUAACCCAGUGUAGCCCCACCAGUGGUGCACAGACUUCCCACCAGGUCUUACCCCACCCAUGUCGCUUUUGCCAUUGAAUUUUCUCACUGGGUCAUCGUCGUUGUUGGGUACACAUCUCGCCCCCGUGCCCAUCCUGUCCAUCCGCCCAUCUUUCCACAGCAUUUUGUAUCAUCAUGGAUUGAUUACAAGAGGAGAAAACGACGAUGAAGAAACUGUGCAUGGCCCAUGCUUUGCAGUUGGAGCUGGGAUGUGACAUAAGCCUAGGAAAAAAAAAAACACAAAGCAAAACAAAACAAAAACAAAAACAAAUGGGGAAUAUAAAUGUGUUGAGGAUAGUUGGUCCGUCGGAGCCUGUUGGAUCAGGUUAUCCCGGUACCAUCAUAUCUGGAGACGCCGUUGUGCUUUCAUUUCUUCUUGAAUUCAUACACAAGUAUGAUACUUUUACACUGUUCUUAGCUCAAUGAGCAUGUUUAGACCUUAACAUAAGCUAUUUUUCUAAAUACAAAGGUUUAAAUGAACAAGAGAGCAUUCUCAUUGGAACUUUGGCAUCGUAGUGCUUUGGAGAGAAAACACACACACACAGAAAAGGACUCCUUAAAAAAAGAACCUGAGAUUUAUUAAAGAAAAAAAAAUGUAUUUUAUGUUAUAUAUAAAUAUAUUAUUACUUGUAAAUACAAAGACGUUUUAUAAGCAUCAUUAUUUAUGUAUUGUGCAAUGUGUAUAAACGAGAAAAAAAAAGAUGCACUUUGCUUUAAUAUAAAUGCAAAUAACAAAUGCCAAAUUAAAAACAAACAAACAAACAAACAACAACAAAAAAAAAACCCCAAGAACACAAGAUUGGUGUUUUUUUCUAUGGGUGUUCUCAUCCAGAUGAAUGUUUUUUUUUUUCUUUUUUUUUUUUCUAAAGGAUUUUAUGUUCCAUGAAAAAAAUAAAAAGCUACACUUGACCCUCGGUGCGGAGUGGCUUUGUUAGAGAUGGGGAGGAGCAGCAGGAGGGGUAUUCCUGUUGUUUGUCAUUUCAGGUUGAGCUGACCCCCAUGGCAGCAGCCCAGUGUUCAUCCUGUACCAUCCAGUCCGUAGAAUACAAUGGCUUUCAUGCCAGCGUGUCGUCUGGGUUGCUCCACGGGUCCAUGUCUUUGACUGGAGCUCUGCAUCACAUCCAAGGCGUCCCCAGGAGGAGAGAAGUUCCAAUAGCUGACUGAUCUCCUAUGAUUGGUGAAGGCAAAGCAUUCUGAGUGGAAACCACCAGCCCUGUAGAGCCUGGAGGCUUUGGAGAGGUGCAGCAUCCAUGUCUUGGAUCCUACUGGCCUUCCUGUGGUGGACAGAUGUGGUAGUGGAUGAGUUUUUCUGAGCAUCAAGAGCAGGUUCGCCCAACGCUGCACCUUUCUGUUCAACAUUCCCCACCCAACAGGACUUACUGAGAUACAUUAUUUGGUCUGCUCUGAAUGGACUGUGCCUUCAGCGGGAUUCCUUUCACUGAGCCCACCAACCAGCUUCGGAAUAGCUUUGGAUCAUGUGGAUGUACCCACCUGUCUUGCUUGGUGUGCCCUAAAGACGCCCAAGAGGGCAAACAUUGGUGUAUCUUCAUCUACAGUACUAUUUGCCUCCUUUCCUUUCCAUUCUGUGCCAUCAGACUUGAAACACUUGAUAACCUCUCACAUGCCCAGUGGUCAAACCAGCAACAAUGGUUUGUGUCAGAGGCUCAAGGAAAAAAAACUCUGGGCCAUUCCAUGGUACCCCCCACCAAAGGCCCCAAAGAUGAAGGAUAAAAUGGACAUCGUUGUGAAACUCACUUCCUCUGAGCCUUUGUAGUAUCUACCAGCAGGAGCACAGCUGUGCAGACAGCAGGUUGAGGUGCCCUCGCGGACACAGUGCCGGUGAGCUGUGACUGCUCACCAGGAACAGCAAGUGUCUCCUGGGGUUGGGAAAUCCUCUGCACAUCCCAUUUUGCGCCUUGUCCUCUGCAGCUGCCUCUUGCAGGAGAUGCAUUGCUGAGCUGGCUGGAUCUUUGGUUGGGCCUUUGGUUGAACUUUUGUUCGGAACUUCGGUUGGAACUUUGGUUGCAGUUUUGGUUGGAACUUUGAUUGGACCUUUGGUUGGACAUGGCUUGUCAGGUUGAAUGUAUAGUGCUGGAGAAUGAGCUGAAACACCCCAAAGAGCCCUUAAUUUUAUGGGGCCUCUGUUAGACUUGUUCAUGAAAAUAAAAGACCAGGCAUCA